CCCACCGGGACGGUGGUCGGUGCCGUCGGCCUUUGGCUGCCGCCCCGCUGCGGCUAUGGGCGCCUCGGCCUUCCAGAAGGUGGCCCUGAUUUCCUGCGUUGUGGUCUGCUGCUCCGUCAUCUUCCCCAGAGUCUUCGUUUUCCGACCGGUGAAGGAGCAGUCUCGGCCGCAGGAGGCAAGACCCACUCGACUUUCUCCGAUGGCACAGCACCUAAUGGUCUCAAAAUCCAAGCAGCAAUGGUCAGCACGUCCCCAUCUCCCCAAGUCCCAUCAAUAUGAUUCAAUUGCCAAAGUGAAGGGUGGAAAUGGCGGAGGUAGCAACAGAAGUUUUAUGUCCCAGAUCAUACCUGUAUAUGGAUUUGGAUUGCUUAUGUACAUUUUGUACAUCCUCUUUAAGAUCUCAUCCAAAGGUAGCACCCAGAGUCCUAGAAUAAGGAAGAGAUGUGCAGGCACCCGACUUGGAAACAUGAAGUGUAAAAUUACUGAUUAUGAGCUGGCUCAGCUUCAAGCAAAACUGAAAGAGACUGAAGUGGCCAUGAAGCAAAUAGCAUCGAAAAUGGGAAAUGGAUCAGACACGUUUAGAAAUGAUACCAGUGAACAGGAAGAAAAUUUACUGAGACAAUUGAAAGAAAUCACCAGAGUCAUGAAAGAGCAGAAAUUCAUUGAAGGCAUUGGUCCUGAAAAAGAGACAGAGGAAUCCCCUUGCAUGGAGCACUGCGAAGGUUAUCCUGAGGAGACAGCCCAACCCAGAUGCAGUUGCCAGCAUGACAUCAAUUAUUCUGAGUCCAAUCAACUUUCUGCCGAGGAGUUGGAAGACAAAAUAGAAGAUAAAUGUUUGUCCAGCAAAACUACAGAUGAUAAAAUAAGACAAAAUCAAAAAUGCCAAGCACUAAACCAUCAGAAAGGUGCACAUAUUGGCAUAGAUGUAAGUGGUGAUGGUAUUAAGGGGGAAGAUCUCCAGUAUGAAGACUGGAAGUAUCUUGUCCAUGAAAGUGAUGACUCAGCUGUUAUGCCAGAGGAGGUUGACAUCAGCUCUGAGGACCACUGUAAUGUAGGUGGCCAAAUCAGAGAUGAAUCUAGUCUGGACCCUUAUGACAGUGAACUACAGCCUGUAAUCACGUACAAUGAUGAAGGUGCAUUGCGAAAGCGCAAUAAGAUGGCAAUAGAAUAACUAGUCUGAAGCAUCAUGAUAAAGAUAGUAUAUCUUUGGAAUAUAUUAUUCAGGCUAUAUCAAAUAUUUCAGCAUCGGGUACCUUUUCAUAUAUAUGCUAGUCUUCUCCAUGGCUGCUAGGGUGGUUUAGAUUGCCACAAUUAAAAAAAAAACUAUUUUA